GUUUUUUCAAAAGUAGUCAACUUUGGGGCGCCACCCCCACUUUAUUGAAUUUAAAAAUAGGUUUAUAUUUUUUUUUGAAGUUAUGUAUUGAAAUAUAGCUAGGUAAUGAUAGAAUGAGGGUUUGGAAAGUCCAUUUGGUAUUUCAAAACACUAAAAAUAGCUGCUAAAGCCUUAAAAAUCCUAUAAAACAUUUCCAAAACCACAAGCUCUGUCAUUGAGAAUGAAGGGCUUCACAAGCCAGUCAUACAAGAAUUGACUUCAAGCCUUUGAAUUAGGUAGUUUCACUUUCACACAAGACAAUUUCGAGUGAAGACUUUUUUUUUCAAAAGCAUUAGGUACAUAGGUAUAUUUUUUCAAAUUAGCUACCGGUUGGUAGGUAAUUAUCAUUACAUGAUCAAUAAUUUUAUUGGUUUAGGAUUUGUCGAGGGGUUUGUACAAUGGCCUAUAUGGUGGUAGAAUGGGUAGACGGAGGAGGUUUGUCAGUAAUUAACAAGGCUUGGUUGACGCCAAAAAAAAAAGAAGCCUUUUGGCCUCCUUGCAAGGCACUGAAUUUAUUCAAUAAAAUAAUAAGGGAAAACGAUCCAGUCAUUGAAAAUGAUUGGGCCCUACAUGGUAUUAAGAGGGUAAUGUACGAGACUGACGAUUAUGAAAAAGCUCAACGAAAAUGUCGAGAGGCAGAGGAUACCUCGAACUUGGAAACUGAAGAAGAGGAAUCCACAAAGGCAAGGAGGCGGAAGAGGGCCAAAAAAAUAGAUACAAGCAUCAGCGACGAGUCCGAUGAUGCUUCUUUUCAGCAAAAAAAGAAAAAGUUGUUUAUAGAAAGGCCUCCAAAAAUAAUCCUUCAAGAGAAUCGUUUGAUGGAUAAAUUAUCAGGACCAUCUAACUCCGAUGAACAUCAACCCUUGAAGGUUAUUCCAGGUAGUUCCCGCUGCAAUAAUAGUAGAUUAUUGCCUCUCAAUUCUCCCAGAAAUAACGUUUCUGAGAGGAUAUUGACUUCAACUUUAACUGGUACCAGCAGCCCAGACCACCAGCGCCUAGACCACCGACCACCGACCACCGAAGUGAGCGCCGGCUUGGAUUCCGCUCCGACGUCGUCAGAGCCGUCGCGACGCUUCAGUAAAUCGUACGAUCUGGGAGAGGAACCUAUUGAGCUUUCGAAGAAGCAACAUCUAGUAAACCGUUCCGACAGAUCCGACCGAACCUUCGAAGAAGCAACAUCUAGAAGAGAACCGACCAAGCCCUCAAGGGAGCAACAUCUAAGAAACCGUUCUGAGAGAAAUAUACCGCUUUACCGAACCGAAUAA